GACCGCUAAACUCACGCCAAGAAGAGUCUCUACGUCACUUCCGCGCCUGUUUAACAAUGGCGUCCUCCACGACGGGAGACGGCGUGAGUGAAGCACAGACAGGGAAAAAAUCCAAAAAGAGCAAAAACCAAGUGGAUGAAUCUGAACUCCUGACUGUCCCCGAUGGAUGGAAAGAGCCGACGUUCUCCAGAGACGACAACCCCCGUGGUCUGCUGGAGGAGAGCAGCUUCGCCACCCUCUUCCCCAAAUACAGAGAAGCCUACCUGAAAGAGUGCUGGCCACUUGUGGAGAAGGCCUUAGGAGAGGCGCACAUCAAAGCCUCUCUGGAUCUGAUCGAGGGAAGCAUCACAGUUUGCACCACCAAGAAAACGUUUGACCCUUACGCCAUCGUGAGAGCCAGAGAUCUCAUCAAGCUGCUGGCCAGGAGCGUCCCGUUCGAGCAGGCUGUGCGGAUACUACAGGAUGACAUGGCGUGUGACAUCAUCAAAAUCGGGACCCUCGUGAGGAACAGGGAGCGGUUUGUGAAGCGGAGACAGCGGCUGAUUGGCCCCAAGGGCUCCACCCUCAAAGCACUGGAGCUGCUGACCAGCUGCUACGUGAUGGUGCAAGGCAACACAGUGUCGGCCCUGGGGCCCUUCAAUGGCCUGAAGGAGGUACGCAAAGUGGUGAUGGACACGAUGAAGAACAUUCACCCCAUCUACAACAUCAAGACGCUGAUGAUCAAACGGGAGCUGUCCAAAGACCCCGACCUGCGGAUGCAGAGCUGGGAACGCUUCCUGCCCAAAUUCCGCCACAAGAACCUGGCCAAGCGCAGAGAGCCCAAGAAGAAGAGCGUGAAGAAGGAGUACACACCAUUCCCUCCAUCUCAGCCAGAGAGCCAGGUGGACAAGGAACUGGCCACGGGUGAAUUCUUCCUGCGUGAAAGUGUGAAAAAGAGGAAGAAGAUGGAAGAGAUCAAGGUGAAGCAAGCAGAGGCUCUGACCAAGAAGCAAGAAGAGCGGAACAAAGCGUUCAUUCCUCCUAAAGAGAAGCCUUUAAUGAAGAAAACCACUAAAGCUCCUACAGAAGGCAAGCUGGACAUCGAAGCCAUCAAGGAGAAAGUGAAAAAAGCCAAAACCAAGAAACUGGGAGCUCCACCGGUGAACCCAGCGCCUCCAACCAGCGGCACAACAGACAAAAAGAAAAAGAACAAGGCAAAAAGCAAAGGCUAAACCACACACGUACACCACUGAUGGAACAUGGACCAUGUGACAUGGUAUUUGUUGGGCGGUCCUGUUGGACAGAGUCAGGACUCAAGUGAUGUCAUACGUGUUGAUGUCACAUGGGUGUGUGUGUGUGUGUGUGCGCGCGUGUGUGUUUGAAUCAUAACAUCACAAACUGUCAUGGACUUUUUUAUUGAGCUACUUUUGUUGUAAAAUCUUCCUCUAGCUGGACACCAGUGCAAAGAGCAAAGUUUCCUGUUGUCUGUAUCGUUUGUCUGUUGUCCACAUUUUGUAUGGUCAGUAUUUAUAUGCCUCGGAAUGUUUUCCCUCUCAGACUGUGUAUGUUUAGGAAGAGGCAGACUCAUUCAUAAAAAAAGCCAAAUUUUUAACAACCUGGAUCUUAUUUUUGUAGGUUUGUCUUCAUUCUUUUUGGUCAUGAAAACAUUUGCCUAGCAGCUUUAUUGCAGAGGUGCAAUACUCAGAUUUGACACAGGUGUACAGUCUCCAUUCAUGGGUGGUUCAUAGUCUUUAUUGAAACAAUCUCAAUGUCUUUAAAACUCCAUUUUUUGUACCACCGUAUUUCUGGCAGCGCUUGUUGCAGAGCUGUACUUUGUUUUAAAUAUCAAACACUGUUAAUACUCACUGGCACAAAUCUGUAAACUGACAUCAUGAUGUUGACAUAGUAAACAUGUUGCUAUUUACUCGUCCACACACAUUGAUUAGCAUUUAUUUGGAAUCUUGUGUGUUUCCAUCAUCAAGUAAAAGCUCCCAUUUUAGCUGUUUUUCUGGCUCUUAGACGUUUCAGUGGGAGGCCAUAAAAUCAAAACAAUGAGCUGAAAGAUGCUAAAAUGCUCUGUAGAGCACUCUGAGCAUUCUCUCAUUUUACAUUUGAUCAAUUCAUUUAUAUCAAAACUCAGAAAAAUACAGUAGACAACUUGGGAUGCAUUUACAUCUUCUCUGCCAAACCUGAGUUUAGUUGAGUUUAGCUACCCACCAGCUUCUUUGUGUCUCUACAAAGAAGCUGGUGGGUAGAGUGAUGUACUUUCUGACAGCUGUGCAUAGACAGAAAAAUAAA